CAUUUCCGUAAGUUUCACUCAAACCUGAGUUGAAGCAGUCUUGAAUGCGUCUCGAAUGUUGACAUUACGAUGGUGACUGUAGUGGAGCUGCUGGGUCUCGUGCUGGUGUCGGUGCUGUGGGGCUGCACCAACCCCUUCCUCAAGAGGGGCGCGGAGGGCAUCGAGCACGUCCGACACAGCGACAGGGUCUCUCAGCUCCUGGCUGAGGUCAAGUUUCUUUUCCUAAACCUCAAGUACCUGGUCCCAUUUCUCCUGAACCAGAGUGGCUCGUUGGUCUACUAUUAUACACUUUCCACCACAGAGUUAUCGCUCGCUGUUCCUGUGGCCAACUCUCUCACCUUCCUCUGCACUCUGUUCACCGGCAAGUUACUGGGUGAAGAGUUUGGAGGGAAACAGGCUGUCGCAGGAAUGUUCCUCACCAUGGCUGGCAUCACUCUCUGUGUUAUGAGCGCCAUUGAUGGCAACCACACUGAGAAGCCGAAUAUCAUCACGGCUGCACACUAAUUGAGAUGAGGAUUCAAACAAAUCCUUCCGUACCUUCAGGUGAUUCCUCAGGGGGCCAUUUAGAUUCAGACAGUGACUUCUUAGAGUAACGACUGUUGGGAGAAUUGUGCCUAAAUUAAGUCAGUGUGCGCUUCAAAAGACCUGUCCAGAAACCCUGACACCACGUUAAAGGGGAAGUGGGUUUAUGUAGGGUUCACCUCAAGGCCAGACCAGAUUUAUGGGGCUUGCAUAGAAGUUUGUGGUUGUUAACAUUUACUUUUAAGCCCUCAGCUGCCCCGUGAUGUGACUGGCAUCGGCACAAAUUAUAUGGAGCCCACAUACAAAUAAGGCGGUGGUUUGAAAUGGACCAAUUAGAUCCAACUUCUUGGUUUAACGGGGGCAUUUUUACUGCGGCUGCUUGCUGUCCACUGGGUUGUGUGUUUAGGGAAGAGCCGGACACAGAGAGGACACAUGGCUUUUCCUUGCCCUGUGUACAUAAUGUAUUACUGAGAUAGAUAUACCACUGUUAUUUAGUUACCGUGUCGUGUUCCCUGUAAAUGUGUCCAAACCAGUUGCACAUAUUUCAGGAAUAACUGAAAUGUACAUAGUAAUGUAUAUUUUAUUGUCACAAAACACUGUACAGACAACCUUUUUAUUGUUGCGUCUAUUCAGCUGGUGAUUUGGCUGAUAUUUUAUUAAUAAAUUGUUGGCAAAACACGAUGAUCUCCAUCACUGAUUUCUGCAGAUCAGAAGUACAUUUAGGCUUAAAAUGUCCCAAAAAUAUUGUUUCUUAUGUACAUAUAUUGAAUUAACUGCACCAUUGAACAUCUACACACUAUCUGCAUCAGCAUGAUCCCUGUCUUUUGGGGGCUUAUGUCAGAAAAGUACAGUUUUGACUGUAUUGAACUAUAGAGCUUAUUUAUGAUAGUGAGUCCAUCUUUUCUAGUUGUUGUUGUCAUGUUGUCCUAAAAUAAAAAUAAAAAAGUAUGACCAAUUGAAACAUU